GUCACAAUCAAGCAGCCAAGCAAGAUGGUGCUCGUCGCGCUGCUGCUGUGCCUGUUCUCGCUGCUCCAUGGAGCUCGCGCAGAGUUCACCGAGCGACUGACAUUGCGUCCACUUCCUGCCGUCAACCAAGUUCUUGGACACUUCGAGUUCUCCGUAGACGAGCCCUCCCAUCUCGACGCCGAGUCGCUUUUUCCUAACGUGCUGCGUCAGAUCCUCGACAAGCACGACGCUGAGUCGCUACAUUUGACCUUCUCUGUCGGGAGGUACGCAGACUGGCGCUUCGGCUCAGCGCAGAGUUUCAACAACUCCGGAUUUGCCCACGCACCCUUCGGCGCUCGACUGCAGGUAGCUCUACGAGGUGACGCCAAUACCCAGCAACGAUGGCGAGGCAUCACAUCGGAGCUGGGCGGCAUCUUCUCAGCAUCACUGAACCAGAUGGACGACACAGUGGUUGCGAGCUUAUUGGCAGGCUCCACACCAUCAGAGUUUGGCGCCUUCCCCACGACUAACACCGACCCCAAGCUGGUGUUUCUCCACGGAUCGCUUGCGCGCGAGGAGCUCUGCACGGAGAACUUGACGCCCUGGCUCAAGAUGCUACCUUGUCGAGCAAUCGCUGGACUGGGGAGCCUUAUUGAUCCUAUUAAUGCAGUGUCGGGGGAGUAUCUCUCACUGUCGCUGUUUGCUGAGCGAUCUACUGACGGCAACUGGAGACUCCGCCAACACUUGACGAUGGUGCAAAGCCCUACCAAACAUAACAAAGCACGCUGGAGUCUUGGUUCACUGUUCUUUGCAAAUGACCAGCCCAACACAGAUCUUACUGCAUGUCUGCUGGCUACCGAGAGUGUUAUUCACACGGAAGGCAUGGAGUCGUUCGAUGUGGUGACCACCAAUCUGCACGAAAAACCCGUGCCACUUUCUGACCCGUGGUUCGGAGACUGGAAAUUGGCGGCUGAAGAAGCUGCUUUGAGAAGCAAUUACAAGGCACAGCAGGAUGUCGUGUCCGCACACCGCUUCGUCACUGGAUACGGCCAAGUGCGGGGUGGCAUCGCAGUUCAGCUCAAGAACAAUCAUCCGUCGUGUGGCAUGCACGUGACGUAUCACGAUGUCAUUCCAUGGUAUCUUCGUAUCUUCUUCCACACGUUCCGAGCUACCGCCGAUAGUAGCGAGGAGAAAGCUCAGGAGUUGAUUCAAACGUUUGAUUUUGUACCAGCCGAGCUACGUGGACGCCCCAACCAGUUGCGCCUCAAGGCUUUCCUUCCGGCCAAUUCAACUUUGGCCUUCUCACUUCAGAUGGAAAAAGCAUUUCUGCGCUUAUCGGAACAUCCGCCAGAUGCCAACCGUGGCUUCGACAUCGCCUCGGGUGUGGCUACCUUUGACGUGUUGGAGGCAUCGUCGAUCUGUAACAAUGAAGCCGUGGCUCCUUUUACUACCACGUUAUUCACGGAGCCUCUACUCGUGCCGCUACCGACACCUGACUUCAGUAUGCCGUACAACGUCAUUACCAUGACCUCGACUGUCGUCGCCUUCUUCGUAGGCACGAUGCUUAACACACUCCUUCGCAAGGCUCCUCGUAUUAAGCAAAUGAUGACAAGUAACCCGAAUGCAACCAAGUGAGUAAAGAGAAUACGCGAUUUACGAUCAUAAAUAUACGCGAUGUCCCUCGCGUACGUUAUCUAUCUCCUCUCGAGGACCCAUGUGGAACUUAUUAACAUGAUGCUAUCGCUUGUAUAUGGGCUACAAUAGUUGUCAUGAGAAUUAUUUACACAACACUCUUGAAUACCGGC